UUGCUUCAUCUGAGGCCAACGGAGUCAAGAUGAUUUUGGAAAUGCUGAACCCAAUACACUAUCACUAUAACAUCACCAGCAUGGUGUCUGAUGCCAUGCCUGCUGCCACUGUGCCAAUUCUGCUGCUCACUUGCUUUCUCCUCUUGAUAUGGAAUUAUGAGGGCACAUCCUCAAUACCAGGUCCUGGCUAUUGUUUGGGAAUUGGACCCCUCAUUUCCUAUGCCCGAUUCCUAUGGAUGGGAAUUGGCAGUGCCUGCAACUAUUACAACAAAAUGUAUGGAGAAUUCAUGAGAGUCUGGAUAUGUGGCGAGGAAACACUCAUUAUAAGCAAGUCCUCAAGCAUGUUCCAUGUGAUGAAGCAUAGUCAUUAUGUCUCUCGAUUCGGCAGCAAACCUGGGUUGCAGUGCAUUGGUAUGCAUGAGAAUGGUCUCAUAUUUAAUAAUAAUCCAGCUCUUUGGAAAGUAGUUCGACCAUACUUCAUGAAAGCUUUGACAGGUCCUGGCCUUGUUCAGAUGGUGGCGAUCUGUGUUGGCUCCAUUAUACAGCAUCUGGACAGGCUAGAGGAGGUUACCACUCAGUCUGGCUGUGUAGACGUGCUGACCCUCUUACGGCGCAUCAUGCUGGACACCUCUAACACACUCUUCUUGGGGAUCCCCUUGGACGAAAAUACCAUCGUAGUUAAAAUCCAGGGUUAUUUCGAUGCCUGGCAAGCUCUCCUUCUGAAACCAAACAUCUUUUUCAAGAUUUCCUGGCUAUACAAAAAGUAUGAAAAGUCUGUCAAGGAUUUGAAGGAUGUCAUAGAUGUUCUAGUGGAGGAAAAACGACGCAGGAUCUCCACAGCAGAGAAACUGGAGGAUCAUAUGGAUUUCGCCACUGACUUGAUUUUUGCUGAGAAACGUGGCGAUCUGACAAGAGAGAAUGUGAACCAGUGUGUGUUGGAAAUGCUCAUUGCAGCACCUGACACCAUGUCUGUCACUGUGUUCUUCAUGCUGUUUCUCAUUGCAAAGCACCCUAACGUUGAAAAUGCAAUAAUGGAGGAAAUCCAGACUGUUGUUGGUGAAAGAGAUAUAAGGAUUGAUGAUAUGCAAAAAUUAAAAGUGGUGGAAAACUUCAUCUAUGAGAGCAUGCGGUACCAGCCUGUUGUGGACUUAGUCAUGCGCAAAGCCUUAGAAGAUGAUGUAAUUGAUGGCUAUCCAGUGAAAAAGGGAACUAACAUUAUUCUGAAUAUUGGAAGAAUGCAUAGACUUGAGUUUUUCCCCAAGCCCAAUGAAUUUACUCUUGAAAACUUCGCAAAAAAUGUCCCAUACAGGUAUUUUCAACCAUUCGGUUUCGGACCCCGUGGAUGUGCGGGGAAGUACAUAGCCAUGGUGAUGAUGAAAACCAUCCUGGUUACACUUCUGAGGCGGUUCCAGGUGAGAGCACUGCAAGGAAGGAGUGUCGAAAACAUGCAGAAAAAAAAUGACCUGUCCUUGCACCCAGACGAGACUAGUGACUUUUUGGAAAUGAUUUUUAUGCCAAGAAAUUCAGACAACUGCCUGAAACAGUAAAAAAACCUGGUCAGUACCUACCCUGGAGCAUUUUGUGUCAGUAGUUCACACUGAAACCAUCCAUCCCUUGCCAAGUGAACAUUUGGUGACCCAUGGGGUUUUUUUAGGCUUACUUGUUAUGGGUGAUCA